AUGAGGCCAGAGGUUCCCGAACUAACGAAAAAUAGUUUGUAUGUGCAUAGACUCGCAAUCUUAAUUCUCGGAUUUGUCAAUCAUGUGGACAAUCCGAUUGACCGUAAACUAGAUCUCGAAGACCAGAUUAUUCAUUAUUCGAGAAAUGGUAUGCUCUGGCCAUAA